AUGCAAGACGAUUUUUUACUUUCGAAUGAUACAGACUUUGAAUGUGAUGAGGGGCUUGAUUGCGAGAACAUAUUGAAUGAGAAGACACCUGUGAUUAGCCAUCGUCACUGGAUCUCUCUGGUCUGCUAUGGACUGGUUUUUCUGUUGGGUGUCCCCGGCAACGGCCUUGUGGUCUGGGUCACAGGGUUCCGCAUGCCGCGUUCAGUCAACGCCCUGUGGUUCCUCAACCUGGCGCUGGCUGACCUGCUGUGCUGUCUGUCCCUUCCGUUACUCAUGGUACCACUUGCACAGGAUCUGCACUGGCCUUUUGGCUGGCUGGCGUGUAAGCUGGUGACCGGAACGCUUUACCUGGUCAUGUACUGCAGUGUCUUACUGCUUGUCCUCAUCAGUGUAGACCGCUGGCUCUUGGUCUCUCAGCCAAUCUGGUGCCAGAACCACAGGCAAGUGAAGCAGGCACGCUGGGUUUGUCUUGGCACUUGGAUGCUGGCACUCCUGGCCGCCAUUCCUCAUUUUGCUUAUAUGCAAGAGGAAAAAAGGGGAAAUAAGACCCAGUGCAGGGCCAUUCACCACUCGUUAACCUCGGCCUGGGCCACCGUCAUUGUUCGGUUCCUGCUCGGGUUCUGCAUCCCCUUUGGCAUCAUCAGCGUCAGUCACUGGACCGUGUACCAGAGGGCAGGGCAGGGACCGGGCAGACAAAACAACAAAUCAGCACGAAUGCUAAGGGUCAUCCUGGCUGUGGUUCUGAGCUUCUUCCUGUGCUGGCUGCCACUGCAUAUUGUGGAUAUAGUCAUGCUAGUAGUGCGCACACCGUCAGAUGUGGCAGCUGCUAACCUGAACCUGGCUCACGUACUUGUCCUCUGCCUGGCUUACGUGAACAGCUGUCUGAAUCCACUGCUUUAUGUGUGCCUCGGUCGCGGCUUCAAGGCCAGUUUGACACAGACCCUGCGCAGCGUCCUCCACUUCGCCUCUGAGGACCACUCACGAGGCAUGAGCAUGGCGACAAAAACCAAGAACUUAACCGACAACAGCCUGCAGACUGAGGAGAAUUCUGUUAGAACAAACAGCAUGAAUACGAUCGUAGAACCAACAAACUAUAAUCCUCAACCCUAAAACCACUUUGAACUUUACGCAUCUUCACCUGAAACCUAUUAUCCAUCAUUUACCCCUGCAGGCUCAACUUUUCAGUGUUUACCUCAACAACGUAGGUCAAUAUGCGUACAUGCAUGAAAACCAUCAGGAAUGCACAUGUAAAGCUACUAUUUCUUCUAAACACCUAUCCUCUCCCUAAACACAUCUGUACAGAUCGGAAUGAUUCUGUUUUUUUGAGGUCAAGUGCUGAAAUUAUUUUUCUUCAUUUUUUUAAGUGGCAAGUUGUGAAACUAACAAAGAGGGCAGGAAAAGAUUUCUUAGUCUGUUGCACAAACUGUAACAGUCCUUGCAUACCACAAAAGAGGAACCUGCCAGUAUAGUUCUCAUGUUUAGGCAAUUAAAAACAAAUGGUACAUCCUUGCUUUAGAAGUACAAUUAAGUACAAAAGAAGUGUGAAAUACAAAAAAGUGAUAAUAAUGUGAUGUAAUAAUAAUGUAAUAAUGUGAACAAUAAGAAUGAUGUUUCCUGAUGUGUUAUUAUGUACAAAGUGAAUGUGCACAAUCAAGGGUAGAAGAUACAUA